GCUGACAGGGUGGUGACAGUAAAGAGUAAAGAAGAAGAAGAGGUGGUGUUUAUGUUUUGGAAACCCUCCCCAGGAUACCAGGUAUAUUGAGGGGUGCGCAUGCAAAUCCUGGCCAGUCCACUCAUUUGAGUUUCUGAUGUGCGGUCAGCUUUGAAAAGAGCCCGUCGGUUUGGGAGAAAGUGGCAUAUUUGAGUGGUGAAAGUUUUCCCUUUAGAAGAGAGAAGCGCCUCAAGAGAAGUGAAAAUGACUUCCACUUCAGAUGACAACUCCACACCGGAGUUCUCGGACAGUGGGUACACCGAGGGGAUGUACGGCAAACGGAAGAGACGAAGUGAAGAUGAGAACGACGAUUCAUCUGAUGAGGCUCCAGCGAUUAAAAAGCCGGCGAACACAGAAAUGUACUCGAAGGCGUCGCUGCGGAUGAUGCAGAAAAUGGGCUAUCAAGAGCGCACUGGCUUGGGAAAGCACAGUCAGGGACGAUUGGAUCCUGUGGAGGCAUCUAAACAGAAGGGCCGACGCGGUUUGGGUGCUGCUCCGGACGCCGUGGAUAUCUCAGCCACGCAUUUCGAUGAAACAGAAGAGAAAAUCCAGAUUCCGGAGAUUGUGAACUGGAUGUACAGCGAUGCUGACGAUUUGGAGGAGUUGGACAGAAACAAGCUAGAUGAUUGGUGUGUGCGCGGCAAGAGAAAGAUGACCAUCGACGACGAAACCCUGUUUUGCGACCCUGACAUCCUCAAGAACGUCCUCGAAGCGAAGACUGUGUUCGAUAACAUGAAUGACCUGGAGAUGAGGAGAGCUUGUCAGCGCAGCAACCCAUUCGAGACCAUCAAGAAUGUGGUAUUCCUGAACCGGGCCGCCGUGAAAAUGGCCAACAUGGACGCGCUGCUCAAUUUCAUGUUCACGAAUCCUGUUGACGAGCGUGGGCAGUCUCUCGUGCGGGAGCAUGAGCUACUCUACUUUGCUGACGUGUGUGCUGGCCCGGGAGGCUUCUCCGAGUACGUGCUUUGGAAGCGAAAAUGGCACGCUAAAGGCUUUGGUUUCACACUUCGUGAAGAGAACGACUUCAACCUGGACAACUUCCUCGCCGGACAUCCAGAGUCGUUCCAUCCCUAUUACGGCGAGAAAGAAAACGGAGACGUGUAUGAUCCCGCGAACAUCGAGUCCCUGAUGAAUCUCGUGAUGCAGGAGACGGGCAAUGGGGUGCAUUUCAUGAUGGCGGAUGGAGGCUUCUCCGUGAAGAAUCAAGAAAACAUCCAGGAGAUUCUGUCCAAGCGACUCUACCUUUGUCAGUGCCUCGCAGCGCUUAGCGUCUUGCGUGAGAAGGGUCACUUCGUGGUAAAGCUCUUCGAUAUCUUCACACCGUUCAGCGUGGGAUUAAUCUAUCUGAUGUACAAGUGCUUCCGGCGGGUCGCCAUCAUCAAGCCCAAUACCAGCCGUCCAGCCAACUCUGAGCGGUAUCUCGUGUGCAAGUGGAUGAAAUCCGACACUGAUGUCAUCCGGCGGCAUCUCUUAGACAUCUGCGAAUCAAUGUACAGAUCUACUGGUGAUGAGGACAUCCGGGAAUUAGUGCCCUAUGAAGUGCUUAGAGAGGAUGAGCAGUUCUUCAAGUAUAUUUUCGAGUCUAACAACCGCAUUGGUCAGAAUCAAAUCACUGGACUGAGGAAGAUCGCCGCCUAUGCAGCUAACAAGACUCUCGCGGAGACUCGUCAGGCAGAAAUCCGUGAGCAGUGCCUGACGGAAUGGCGUCUGCCCAGCGCCAUGAGAACAGCCGCAAGAGGACAAAAGAUAUCGCACGACGAGUACUGCAAUGAUCUCCUGAAAACCAAUAAUCGCUCGUUCAUGACACAACCUGAGAUCGUGCUGACUAAUCCAGGAAAGUUCUCACAACAUUUUGGCGGGGUGCAAGAUCACUGGUUCUUUAUGGCGCUCAACACACCCGAGAACAGCCAGAAAAACUACCGAACAUUCUUCCUGAGCAAGGGCCGUCAGGAUGUUGUGAUGCUGAACGCCAAAGGCUUAUGGGAAUCGCUGCCGAGAGGAGUGCCAGUGGAAAUGUCGCCGAACACACUUCUCUAUGGGGAGAUUGUGCAGGAGCACAAGGGCCAGGAGAGGUCUCAGAGGACCACCUACGCUCUCCACAUCAUUGACGGACUGAUACUGGACGGAGAGGAUAUCAGGAAGUGUCCACUGCAGGAGCGCAAUAGACUAUGCCACAAAUUUGCCGAGGCGAUCAACAAGCCGAGCAAGCUGAACAAUGGAGAGACCUCAGUGCCCAUCAGAUGCAAGAAAUUGAUCCCUUUCCGCGAGAUUGGACCUUUCAUCGACAGUCUGGAGUACUACGCACUGAAGAAUUUGACUCACCGCAAAGGAUACAUGCUGCCCAACACAGAUGACAGAUUCUACAUCCCGAAGGCGCUCCUCUUUCUCUGUGAGAUGAAAUCAAAUCUCCGGAAGAACUUCAGCGUGAGCAACAACGACUUCUACUACUUUGACGUGGACAAAGGCGUUUCCUUCAUGGCAAAUCGGCUUCCGGAUCCGAAUUGCAUCCUAGCAUCGUCCACCACAACACUGAAUUUCCGCUUGCUAUGGAAAUGGGAGCAGGAGGACCAGAUCAAUGCGCGUCGUUAUGAACCCGCGCAAACGUCUGACGAUGGUCAGACCCUCGUGUUCCGAUCGGACUUUGAACGUUUCAUCCGGCAGUGCGACGACAAGAUCAGACCGCACAGCAGCCCGGAGUGACAUUUACACAAUCUUGGCUAAAUAUUAAAUAAUUUAACUCAAUAAAUUGUUGCAUAAAAUUAAAUCUUAA